AUGGAACAUCCCUCUAAAAUAAUAGUUUCAACAGAGAGAGACGAGGAAUUUGAGAAGGCCCGCAUCAAACGCCUCCGAGGAGAUUUCGAACAAGAUUAUCUAGCAUUCAAAGAUGAGGUGCUUGAGAUCGCCGGGAAGGUAAACGGUCUUGGUUCAUCACGAUUCGCAGUUGGUCGCCAGAAGCUCUAUCAAGUCACACCAGGCGGUCCGAGAAAUCUCGAUUUGGAUGACAACUCUCUGUGUAGACAUAAACCUUCACCGCCACCAAAUAUGGCGAAAAUGAGCGUGUUAACAGGAAAAAAGGAUCUGGCAUCCCAGUUGUCAAAGUUGGGAGGCUUAGAGAAUUCUCGCUUUUCUCCUAAGGUUCACGACAAUACCAUCAAUAAAUUCAACUGUCAAAAUAGUUCCGUGGAGAGUGCAUUCAAGGCAAAGGCGACCAUCUCUACCCCAACCAAGCCGAAGAGUAGAUCUCCUUCUUUGAGUGGUUCAGCCAAGUCUUUCACACCUCGGACUCUCGAAGGAUCACCUUCUAGUGGCGGCGGUGGUGUUUCAUUGGCUCCAUGCUCAACCACCGCUGUCAAAGGUGGUACAUUCAAGAAGCCAACUCCUGAGAAGUUGAUGGAGCAGAGGCUCAUGGCGGACUUUCACAAGCGCAUGGGUAAAUCUCAAAAUGCCAAUUCACCCAGAGUCGACAGCGCCAAUGAGGUCAUCAUGGUCCCAGUCUUGUCUCCUGCUGCUGUUGUCCCAGAUGCCAAAGCAAACACUACAGUUAAUGAAAACAUCUCAGUCGCAAGCCAAGAGCUCUUUGUUGCUAUUGGUUCUGUUGCACCAUCUUCUAUCCCAGCUACACACAUCACCAGCUCUGCGGUGCAAGCUUCAGUUACUGGUGGUGUAAGUAGUGAGUCGUUCCCACUGACUGCUCCUACCCAGACAGUCAUCUCUGGCCGUUCCCUGAUGAGGGAAGAUGAGUUUAUGAGAAUGCUACUUAAGGAUAAACAAGAGAGGGAUUUGAAGAGAAAGUCUGUCGCUACUUCAAAAUCAAUAACCCAUAGCGAAAAUCUCAAGGUGAAUACACAGCAAUUGAAAUCCGAUUCACCCCCUUCUUCCCCGAAUGAGUCUCCGCUUUCCCUGCAGCUCCAAACCUCUACAGAUGAGGAAGUCAACUCGAACAACAACAAUACUUUUGAGCACAAGUUAGAAUCCCCCAGUACUGAAAAGCCGACCUUUCCACAAAGACAGAACUCACACACAAAAAUGUCGAAUAAGCCUCUAAUACCUGCACCAGUCAACUCAUGGACCACUGCAAAGUUGACUCAAGGCAAGACUCUAAGCAAAGCAGAUGAAGACUUCCAAACAUUCAUUACGAAAAAAGCGGCUGCAGAUGCGGAGGUACGAGCACAACAACAAACUGUGUCACCUAUAUCACCAAAGCCUGCCCCAAGAAAGCCAACACAGGCCGAAGCAAAUGCAGAAAAGCGCAAGCUAGCUGCUGGAACAGCCGAUUUCAGUGCGUUUCUUGCUCGCCGCUUUGCAGAUCCCCCCAUCAUCAAAAAGGAAAACAUCUUGAUUGCAAAUCCUUUCGCCGAGAAAGUUGUUAGUGUGAUGAGCACGAUUGAUGAUAAUCAUACAAAUACUGCUAUCAGUUUGGCUGCUUUGAAGGUCGAAUCCUCUCAGGACAAAAUUUCCCACGUUGCUGUUCACAGUUUCGCACCAAAGGAGAAACAGGCUGCCAUUCUUACCAACACACAAGUCAACGAUACAUUGAAUGGAAAGCUUGUGGAUAACUUAAACCAAGCUGUUAGCUUAGUCUCCUCGCCUCCAUUCUGGUCAAUCUCUAGCUUUUCUGACGUUGGCGAUAAGUUGAAAAAAGCCGACAUUGGUACAGAAUCCAAGGAAGGCGUUCGUCUAUCUGAAACAAAAGAUGCAAUCUUGACCUUGUGCGAUUGGGAUGGUACCUGGUGUGCACCACCAAUUUGGGAGGAGCGUGGAGCUUUCGAUUCUGCUUACAUUCCAUCUUACAUUCGUGAGUGGUCUAACAAUGUCAGCCCUGUGCAGCCAGUCACAAUUACCAUCGACACCUCUGCCGAAGGAUUUAGAUCUGGCGAAUAUGUUGUCAAUAACGUCGUCCUUUCCAAAGCACCCCAUCAUGAGCCAACAAUUCCUGAUAUCUUGAAUGCCUCCGAUGAACAAAAGAGACUCCAUCAGACUGCAGCCAAAAACGCAGCAGCUUACUUCCAGAAGGUAGAGCGGGCUCGAAAAGCACAAGAACAAUCUGUCAUAGCAAGUAAUGCUCACUAUGAGCGGCAAAUGGCGGAAGACCCCGAGCCAAAUACAUCUGCUCCUAAAAUUGAGAUUUAUCUACGACCCGCCACUGAAGCUGAUACAAAGCAAAUUUUGGAGAUUUACAACCAUUACAUUUGCGAGUCUUAUAUUCCAGAGGAUCAAGUGCCAGUCACUGAUAAUGACAUUCUCUACCUCAUACAGGUCACCAAAAAAGAGAAGUUACCUUUCGUGGUUGCCGUCAAAGGUUGUAUUCCAGCGAAAUCCACCAAUCCAAAGGUUAAGACCAAGUUACCGCAGUAUGAGAAUAUCGUUGGCUUUGGUUACACUGAGAAUCGUGGCUGUGGAAUUACUGGAAAAUCUAACGGUCGAUCCAGAUUCACACACAAUCUACACUUUUAUGUUCACCCUGAAUAUACACGCAAGGGAAUUGGUGGCUGUGUUCUAGAUCGUCUCCUCGUGGUUUCAAGUCGUGCUUGGUCUAGUCAUGGUGGAUACAACUGGCUCAACCCUGAUAAUGAUCGUUCUUACGGCCACGGUUGUGGCGCCCGCUGUCACCAACUGAUCAUCGAGGUUCCCGUCAAAAAGGAUAACCUCGAUUACGAGUGGAUGAAAAAGUUCUUGCGUAACUUCUGGUUCCUGGAUGAAAUUCGACUCAUCUCUGUUGGUCGAACUUCUGUGUUGAAGAGUCCAGUAGAGUGGCUCGACGUCGUGCACUUCCAAAAGGAACUUGAGCAUUCAGGCGAAUUCACACAUAUGGUAUAG